CAAAAAUUAAUUUUUGGUGCAAGUUGUAGCACCGCCCAUUAUCUAAUUCAGAAUUCAUGACUAGCCAGCCAUUCAUUUGCAGAAAUUAAACAGGAAAAUGGCGAACAUGGUCUCCAAUAUGUCCGAUCUGAUCCAGCGCAUUACAGCACCUUGCCUGCUCCACCCGCCCGUCACUGCCGCCGAUCGCGAUAACGGAGAUUCCGACGAAGACAAGUACAACAACUCCAACUCCGGCGCGGAAAUCACUCACAGCGAAGACGACGAAGAAGGAGAAGAUUCCGAAAUCCCGGAAAGCAAUAAAGAGGAUCUCAGAGCUGAAAGGGUCCUAGAAAUGGAAAUGAUGUUGGCGGAAGUGUUCGAAGCGGUGGUGAACAUGAAGAAGGCGUACGUUAACCUGCAGGAAGCGCACAUUCCUUGGGAUCCGGAUAAGAUGCGCGUGGCUGACGUGGCCGUGGUGGCAGAGCUCCGGAGGCUGGGUAUCUUGAAGGAAAGGUAUAGGCGGAGUGUCGGCGCUGAUGGCGGCGGAAGAGGGAGGCGGAUUGUUGGGGCGGCGACGCUGAGGGAAGUGGUGGCGCCGUACGAGGCGGUGGCGGAUGAUUUGAGAAGAGAAAUGAAGUGUAAAGAAGCGGAGAUAGAGAACUUGAAAGAGAAGCUCAAAACGACGGCGUCGUUGACUCAUUGCAACGGGAAGAAAUUAAAGUCAAAGCAAAAAGUAAGCUGCAGCACUCAAGUGAAAGUGGCACUGCCGCCGGCGCCGGCACUAUUCGAGAACACGGUGAGUUUGGUAAAAAGAGCUACAAAAUCGUUCACGACGUUACUUCUCUCGCUGAUGCGAUCCGCACACUGGGACAUAACCGCGGCCGUGAGAUCCAUCGAAGCCGCCUCAUCUCCCGGCGCAACCACAUCCACGGCGGACUCGAUCAUCGGAACAAACCACGCAAAGUACGCAUUGGAGUCGUACGUGAACCGGAAAAUGUUCCAAGGGUUCGACCACGAGACAUUCUACAUGGAUGGCAGCCUCUCCUCCCUCCUCAACCCGGACCAGUACCGGCGGGAGUGUUUCACUCAGUACCGGGACAUGAAGGCCAUGGAUCCAGCCGAGCUGCUGGGGAUACUCCCGAAUUGCGGCUUCGGGAACUUCUGCUUCAAAAAAUAUCUGGCGAUGAUCCACCCCAAAACGGAGGAGUCUCUGUUCGGAGAUCUGGAGCAGAGGCGGCAGGUUCUGGCGGGAAACCACCCGCGGAGCCAGUUCUACGGGGAGUUUUUGGAGCUUGCGAAGGCGGUUUGGCUGCUGCAUCUAUUGGCGUUUUCUCUGGAACCGCCUCCGCCGAGCCAGUUCGAGGCGAGUAAGGGAUCGGAGUUUCAUCCGCAGUUCAUGGAAAGCGUGGUGAAGCAUUCCUCUGGAGGGAGAUUACUAAAUGUGGGGUUAGUUGUUGGGUUUCCGGUGAGUCCUGGGUUUAAGCUUGCAAAUGGGUCUGUUGUGAAGGCUAGAGUUUAUCUGGUUCCCAGGUGAGGCUAAUGAGGAAGAGUUUUUUCUUAAAUGUGUCAAAUGCCCUUAUGCCCAUAAUUAAUCAGACACAUAACACUGUGAAUCAAUAAUUUCAGUAAUUUGUUUUUUAUGCAUCCUCUUUCACGUUCUUUCUUAUGACUCCUCUUGUUUUUGGGGUUUGGUCAUAGAUAUUACUAAUUAAAAGGAUUUUGACAAAUCUAG